UGAUUGCCGCAUGUGCUGGCUGCUCGUGGACUUAAACACAUGUCGCGUGGUGGCCGAUCUGGAAAGUAUCAUCAGAGAGAAGUUUGAGUUCAGCCGGGGAAGCAUCCUUAACCUCUUCAUAGAGGACUGCUACCUGCCCCACACAGAGAGCGUCUAUGUGGUGCGGGACAACGACAGCGUGAGGGUGAAGGUGCACUCGCUGGUGCAGGUGAAUGGGCACAGUAGCUGUCCAGAUACUUUAAGUAAAAGCUGCAGAAAGAGAGAGAGACCCACAGCAGAAAAUGGAGUAAAUGUGGAAUGGAAGGAGAAAAAGAGGAAAAAAGGGAGUGAGAAGAGCCUAGAGGGGGACGCUAAGCAGGGUUCAGGUGAUGAGAGGAAUAAGAAGUCGCAAGAAAAGCACACAGAGAAGAAGAAGAAAAAGAAGAAGAAGACAGAGGAAAAUGGCCCUUCUGCCACCCCCAAACCAAGUGCUUCUCCCAAAAAAACUUUAACUGGUGUCAGCCAGCCAGAAAAAAACACCAAGAAGCCCACAGCAACACAAACAAAAACAAAAAAUGUCUCUUCUUCAGAUUCCAGUAGCAGUGUAAAAAUCCCACCAAAAAACAAACCUUUAACCUCUACACCUCCCAAAGUUAGAACAAAAAAUAACUCAAAAUCUCAGCAGCCUACUCCAGUCCCUGAGUCCACAAACUGCUCACAGAAACAGGCUGCUAGUAUAGGUGUGCCUCAUCACAACAAAGUUGUGGAGCCUCAUACCUCAGACAAUGAAGAGGAGGUUGAACUGGUAGUGCGAAGACUGAGGCAGCAGCCAGAAUGCGGCGUGGGUACUCAAUCUUGGAGAAGCUGCAGUCUGGGAAAAACCAGGUACGGUAGUCCUGGAGAGAUGGGAAGGGGUGUAGGUAGAGGGGCCAUCAAAGACCACAGUGGCAGCCAAGAGUCCAUCUAUAAUGAAGCCAUGGAGCCAUCCUACCAUACUGAUUCUCUGACCAACGUGUCUGUGGGCAUCCAGAAUGGAGCUGAAAGUGCUCCCAAACCAGACUACAGCUCUAUGCCCCUGCUGGCUGCCCCUCCACAGGUGGGACAGAAGAUCGCCUUCAAGCUGCUGGAACUAACUGAGAACUAUACUCCAGAGGUAUCAGAAUAUAAGGAGGGGAAGAUUGUGAGCUUUGACCCAACUACCAAACAGAUUGAGCUGGAGCUAUUUCAUGUCUCUCAAGCUCCUGUGGAACCUGGGAAGUUUGACCUGGUCUAUCAGAAUCCAGAUGGCUCAGAGAGAGUGGAGUAUGCAGUGUCCAGAGGUGCUUGGGUGACAGAACGGUGGGAUUCCCUACUAGAACCAAGACUAAUCAUCUAAAUCUGGCCAAACUGAAUUUGUACAUCCAGCUGGUCUGGCUAGAUGGUUUUAGUUUUUUUUCUUGUUAAUUUUAUUUCAGGAUCAAUUCACCCUGUACUCGAAGGCCAAACUGGGAGUAACUGUUUCACAUGGCAUAUGACAGCUACGGUAUUUCCUAAUGAUUGAUUAUCUUGUCUGUGAUUCUAUAUAAGUCAUCACUUUGAACUGAAGAGCUACUGCACAGUACAGGUGUAAAUAUGAAAUGUUUCUAAGUGUUUUAAAUUGGGUUAAAUGAGAAAUGCUGUUAUUUUACCUUAAUAUGUAGAUGGAGUUUGUGAUUGUUUAUGGUUUUACAUUUUGUACAGAGAUGUGACUGGAUAUCAAUCUUGUAUAAACUGUUUUCUAAUAAAACACUGCAUCAUC